GAAGGCACCUAUGGCGUUGUAUAGUAAGAACAGCAAUUAUUAUAACAUUUUAAGCAAAAGCUUUGGAUUGAACACAGCCUAUAAUAUUGACUUUAUCACUCUGUCUCGCUCGUUUAUUUCUUGGUUAGCCGUGUCAAAGACCUGAAAUCUAAUCAGAUCGUUGCUUUGAAGAAAAUACGAAUGGACCGUGAAACAGAUGGCAUGCCAAUAUCAAGCUUGCGAGAGAUCAGCAUUUUAAAAAGAAUGAAACAUCAAAACAUAGUCAAUGUCACGGAUGUGGCAGUGGGGCCAAAGUUAGAAUCGAUUUUUUUAGUCAUGGAAUAUUGUGAGCAAGACCUUGGAACUUUAUUAGAUACAGUAUCUACACCGUACACGCCGUCAGAAAUUAAAUGUUUAAUGCUACAGCUCCUGAAGGGAUUGGAAUAUUGUCACCGUCAUUCUAUCAUUCAUAGAGAUUUGAAAAUGUCGAAUCUAUUACUGACAUCGACAGGUUUAUUGAAAAUAGCUGAUUUCGGUUUGGCUCGAACAUUGAGCUUACCAACUAAGCCAAUGACGCCAAACGUUGUCACAUUAUGGUAUAGAGCGCCUGAGCUGCUUUUAGGGGAUCCGAACUAUUCAACUGCUAUUGAUCUGUGGUCAGCAGGUUGUAUUAUGGGAGAACUAAUGCAGCAUCGUCCGUUAUUACCGGGAAAUACAGAACAAGCACAAAUAGAUUUCAUUGUAAAACUUUUAGGAGCACCUAACGAGCGAAUAUGGCCUGGGUUUGACAAGUUACCUGGCACCAAGCUAUUUAGCUUUCAGCAUCACCAACAUCACCACCGACACUCUUCUCCGUCUAACUCAACAUCCACUGUAUUGUCGGCGACACCAUCCAAAGAUAAUGAAAACGAUUUCAGCCAUUUGAGGGAAGUUUUUCCUCGUUACAGUGACCAAACUCUGUCGUUGUUAGGCGGGCUUCUUACAUACAACCCUAAAUCGCGGCUUACAGUAAAACAAGCUUUGAACCAUCCUUAUUUUAUGGAAUCACCUAGAGCUCAAGACCCUGCUUUAUUGCCCACUUAUCCUGAAAUAAGAAAUCAGAUUGCAGAAGAAGAACGAAGAAAACGACAACAGGAAGUUGAACGAAAAAAACGAGUAGAAGCUCAUGAUAUGAUGGAACACAUGAGUGUCAUGAAAAAGAGGAAGUUAUAAAGCUUGCUUAAAAAUUAAGUAAAAUGCACAAUUUUCUACAUUGUAAAUAAUAUCUCUUCAAAUACAUACACCUUCAGCAGAAGCGAAGUAACCCUUUAUAAAUAAUCAUUUUAAUUAUAAUACACAUUGAUACUCUUGGGUUCUGUAUUUACAGCUCACUACAAAAGGGUAAGCAUGAAUUAGUGGUAUGUAUGCAAAAAAUGUAGAUAGCAACAGCUUAGUCAUACCUGAA